AUGAAGAUUGAAGUACAGAAUAUUUAUCCAUUAGUUGCAUGGUCAUGGGAUAUGCCCAAGAAUCUUGAUGACCCAGACAGCGAUGAGCCGGACAAUGCUAAUGAUUCUUAUGGGAUACGGAGAAGAGCACCAAACAAGAAUGCAGUAGAUGAUGUCUGUGGUAUAUGUCGAGCAAGUUACAAUGGUACAUGUCCUAAUUGUAAAUUCCCAGGUACUGAUUGCCCUCUUGUCUUGGGGAGAUGUAAUCAUAAUUUCCAUUUCCAUUGUAUUUAUCAAUGGUUGAAGACUUUAACUUCAAAGGGUCUUUGUCCCAUGUGUAGGCAAAAAUUUCGGCUGAAGCCCAAUGCUACAGUUAACACAGAUCAUCUUGGAGCCUUUAAAGAAUUAGCCAUAACAACAAGAGCAAGAUUAAUUAGUGAAGGAUUGUUCGAUGAAGAUGAGGAAGGCGACGAUGAUAGUGAAUAUGCGUAUGAUAAUGAAGAAGUUCAAAGAGAUAAUCGUGAUUACGAGCAUAUAUGGAAUAAUCCCUCAACGGAGUAUGAAGAGUUGACAGUUGGUGACAUGUUUAAUACAAGAAGGUACAUUGAUGAUGAGGAAGAAGAAGAUGACGAAGGUUAUUAA